GGUUGGACUUGAGGUUACGUUGUACUUGGAAAAGAUAAUUUUGAAAACAACGUUUACUGGCUUUUUUAUAAGCGGAGUUCUCUCGGAAGUCGAGGUUGACCUGGACCCUUACGAGGCCCUGGCUAAGAGAACCGGCGCAAGUCGGGAUUGGAACCUGAUGCCCAUAUUCAGUGGAUGGUCAGUCCAGGCGGUCCAGGUUUCCUUAAAAAGACUUGGCCAGUUUUAUCGGACCGAAGACAAGCACUUUUCAAUCUUACUAAGACCGCAGAGAGAUGAUCGCCAGCCUCAAAAAAGUUGCCAAGAGAUUCCUUUUUUCAUGACGCCCCGCCGACAGUUGUGUACCGAUGGGAAUCAACCUGGGACCCCUACUUUUUAUCACUGCUAUAAACGUGGAAUAUAGGAGAUCAAAAAUAAUUUUACAAAAAUUUCAAACCGGAUGAGAUUUUUCUUAUAAAAUCGAAGCCAACCGAACCAAUUUCUGGAUAAAUAAUUUGUAUAUUCAAUUUGUGUUGAACCUUUUUCAAAAAUGUACAUCGAUGAAGCAUCGGUGAACUAAGGAAGUCAAAAUUCGCUUCGAUUGUCCCAAAACAAAACCCCAUUACUAUUUAGAACAACUGCUGCGGUACAUAUUCGUACUUGUUUAACCACACCAAAACUGCGCACUCUACCCCCUUAGCUAUUUUUGAAACACACAAAACGACAAUUCCUUUGCUUUAACCCCUGAGUACUCUCGCUAUUUAUUCUGGUAAAAGAAAGGGAAAGAGAGAAGUUUGUGAAUGGACGCAGAUGAUGAUGGGAAACCGCCGAGAGAGUGUUCUGUGGUGUAACAAAGUGGAAACGAGUUCAGUAACAUGUGUCUGAACUGCCAGAUGAGCACACGGUUGACCUAUUUAUGAAUAGAACCUUGAGAAAAAGUAGUGUGAAUACAGUGGUGCAUCUUGUGGGUUUAUUUAUUUUUUUCUUCUCGACGACGCAAGGCCGCCGAUGCGCUAUUUGGCCGGCGGCGGCAUCAAAAUCUGUGCCGGGGCAUCGUUGUGGUGACAUAAUAAGUGCCGGGGUGAAAACAAAAUGAUGGACGCCUUCUGGGAACUGUCCUCAUUGAAAGUGAAUAGUAGUUAGAGUGCAUUCGAGUGGAAGUGAAAUCUCCUGAGGUUAAAAGGAAGAUAAACAGAAAAUGGCAACCAGUUCUGGAGGAGGUUCCUCAAAGGCAGUCUUAACGCCAGAAAUCACCGCUGAGUGGACAGUCCAUGCGCAACUGACCCUAUCGCAUCAAGGAAGCAGCAGCGCCUGUGAUAAACCGACAACGACGUCAACCUCCGGCAUCGAUGAACCGGACACGGCAACAAAUUCACUUAACGAAAAUCCAGCUACCGGUGAGUCAGCUCAGUCCAGUGGUACUGGCCAAAGGCCGCCGCCGGUGAAGGUGGUUUAUAAAUUUAGCACUGCUGACCCUGCCGCAACCUCCGGCAAUGGAAUUACCGCCGCCGGCUGCUGUAAUAAUUCUGGUGCUGUUCCAAACGCCACCGCCACUGCUGUGACAUUCAAACAGCAGGAUGGUUCUUCUAUUUUUAACAGCAUCAUCUCCGACGCAUCGUCGACGCAGGUGAAACAAACCGGUAACGAAGAUAACACCACAUCCCAGAGCACCGGCGAUUCGGGACUCUCGAAUCACACCAGCUCUGCUUCCGGGGAUCGUCCGAUCCUCUCCGGUGGAACAGCCACCACAUCCUUACCGCUGCCCUCAAUCACAAUAACUCCGCAACUGUUCCCAAAAUGUACAAGUACCUGUAGCAUCGUGCUAACGGCUGAUCUGCUUCCUCCUUCGCCCGGUGGCACUGAUCCCACCGUGAUCACCAUCAACAAGGCUGCCUCGACCGGCCAUGUGACCAGUGCGACGGCAGAUAAGUUUACCUGCUUUCCGGAGAAGCCGUCAAACGAGGGCAAAGAUGUCAGCUGUCAAACGAGCGACAUCGAAGCCGCCAUCGAGAAGAUGAUCAAGGCUAGUGGAGACGAUCUACAGAAGUUGCAUCAGAAGGCGGCUGAAGCUUUGCUUUCACCGGUAAUGGCUCGACGAGACGAUAAAUAUGGAUCUCUAACUCGCAAAUCACCGUUAUCACCGGCAAACAUCCUCUCCCCUAGCAAUACUCUUCUGUCUCAGCGCUCCAAGGAUGGUACAAAAAAGAAACCUCGCACUGUUCACAUCGACGUCUACUGUACUGGUUCGGAUGCCGACUCCAGUUCAAGUUCGGAUGAAUCUUCGGUUCGAACGGAGGGUUCUUCGUCCUCGUCUGGUAGUAGAUUCGAUACCAGUCAUUUGCAGGAACUCAAGUCGACCUCCAACGUAACCCAUCCGACCAUUUACGAAUCGGAAGAGAUGAAGUUACGGCACCGGAGAGCUACCAAGCACGAAGUUCCUCGCAGAGUUGCUCAGCAAACAGUUGAUCAGAGUACACUCUCAACGAUCGGUAGUCUUAAAAAGGCAGGUGCUCACAACCGGAAACCAAUCAAGAGGUCAAACACAAAGGAGGAAAUCAACGAAUCCAAGCAGAUACUGUUCAACAAGAUUUUGGGCGAUCAACAAGAUCUCGAACCUUUAACCGAUCUACAGUUUAUACCUCGAGAUCAAAGCGAUGAUAAUCUAAGUUCAAACUACCCUUUCUCCAAUCGAUCCGCUAAACGAGACAUCACUGGAAGUAGUUUAUCCAGCGCACUAGCUUCGGCAAGUUUCGAUGAGGUCGGUGACCUCGAAGAAGCUGCCGGUGGAAUAUCUAACUUGCAUCGGAGCGGCACGAUCGUUACCCAUUCGGACAGUUUCGAAUACGAAAACAGCGAAGAUCGCUAUCGGAUCCACGAAAUGGAAGAAAGAUGGGGUAGACAGAAGUGGAAAUCUCCUUCCGUCGAACGGAUCCAUGAGAUGGAAGAGAGAUGGGGUGCAAAGACAUGGAAAUCUCCUUCCGUCGAACGUAGAUUGCUAGAAAUUCACAACCCCGUCCAUCUUCGAACCCAGAGUGAAUCGGACAACAAUGGAUCCGAAUCGGAUCACAGCUUCAUCUACGAUAGUCCCUGUCGACCGGAGGAAUCGGUUCACUCGAUGAACGAGUUUAGCGAUUCCAGUCCGUCAACCGUUAAGAGUUGCUCCAAUCGUACGCCCUCGAACGUCGAUAACUCGAAGCGUAUUUUUCAGCAAGCGCUUCUGAACGCUAACAACUCCUCCAAUACGUUCCCUCCGAGGACGUGGUCCCCGGUUGAAGGCUACUCCAAUGAGUACCUGUCGAUUGCUAGACGCUUCGGUAGUCUCAUCACCGGCAAACGGAAACCAGGGUUGCAUAUUGGACCGGUCCGGAAUCCCGAAUGUCAAUGCGAACACUGCCGCCGGUGGGUUGUCGAACGUGAAGGAGGUCUACGGGAGCGAGCUCUUUCCGUCGACGAUACACCCUUCUCCAACAUUGUGGAUAUGCGAAGAAAAUUCCACUUCAGGAAUCACAUGCUUCUGCCUUAAAGAUUUUUCAGAGGAGCAAGUUGUAAAUAAUGCUUUUAGGAAUGCAUUUCUCGGUUCUUUUUUUUUUCAUUUUAUUUUCAGCAUUUCCUUUUAGAAGGUAUGUAGAUCAUACGCAAAUAGAAAAUAAAGUCCUACUAUUGAUC